AUGGGGUUAAGGACGACCGGUCGAUUCCCGGCCCGGAGCGUGGAAUAUCAUAAAGACGAGUGCAUGAAAUUUCCAGGUCAGGGGAUCCGCGGGUGUCGGAGUGGCAGAUCGCCGAACGGAGAGUUGGGUCCCUGCCUCAAAGGGAUCUUGAUCUCGGAAUCCGAUCGAUUGCCGGCUGGAAUCCCGGAAUUGAACGUCCCUCCUUUGGAUCCCCUGUUCAUUCCCAUCAUUCGACUCAACGAUAACACGGGAUUCGACGGGAACUUCACCGACAUCCAAGUGACCGGCGUCGGCCGCGCCGUCAACGAGAGGAACCUCGACCUGACGGUGGACACGAAGACAGGUCGGCUGGGACUGAGGAUGUUGAUUCCCUCCAUGCAUAUAGUCGGCCAAUACAAGAUGACCACCAAUUUCCUCAGCUUUUUCUUCCCCGUACGACCACUGACAUUAAGUGAGGGGAUCUUCGAAGCUGAAUUUGAUUUCGUGAGGGCACAAGGAGGGGGGACCAUCCGGGAAGUGAAUGGACGUUAUCGAGUCGACGACAUCGCCAUCGACUUUGACCUUCAAGGUCGAAAGAUGGAAUUCAAGAGCCAGAAUGGCGAUCCGUUUGCGGGCAUCAUCAACACAGUGGUGAACGAUCGAGAGACGGGGCGAGAGAUCCUGCAGGAGAUCAAGCCUGAAAUCAGCGAAAGGAUCUCUGCUCUCGUUCAAAGAGUGCUGAACAACGCACUCCGAGAAAUCCCCGCGUGAUCAUCUUUUUCCCUCUCUCUCCCCAUGUAAUAUAAUGAUCCCAGUCUGAAGCCUUUUCCGCGGUUACGCUUCCACCUCUUUCUAUUUGCCUCAACGAUGUCCCUGUUUGUAGACGUCGUAAAAUCAGGUGAUGUGGAUGUGUGUCACGCGCGCAUGUUGUAUACGAAUGUGUGAGUUUGUAUGUCAUUUUGUGUCGAUUGUCAUUUUUGAGACUGAGAGCGAGCUGGAUAUGGAAGCUAGAACUCUUCCUGAAUAAAGUAAGCUUUCAUCGCUAUAGACUUCCUCUGUUUCUUCAGAUGGAAAUGGAGGUUAGUCUCCGAGACGGCCUUUCUCCGUUUCGAAGUAGCUUUCACGUG